AUGAUUUCGGGUGUCUUCUUUUUCAACUUGAAAGGCGACAAUAUCAUUUGCCGGACAUAUCGACAUGACUUGAAGAGGCAUGUAACUGAUGUUAUCCGUAUUCAUGUACUUGCGAAUCCUGAAUUACGGACUCCAAUUGCAGCGUUUGGAUCCACUAGUUAUACCUAUGUUAGACACGAAGAUUUAUAUAUUGUUACGGUUGCAAAAGGAAAUCCAAAUGUAAUUAUAUUACUGGAAUUCUUAGAGCGUUUAGUUGAGGUACUGUCUCGAUAUUUUGACAAGGUUAAUGAAAGUACCAUUAAGGAAAAUUUUGCGUUUAUUUACGAAUUGCUGGAUGAAAUGGUUGAUUUUGGAAUUGUGCAAAUGACAGAACCCCAUGCACUUGCUCGGACUUUGACUAUUAGCCCGACGAAAAAGAAAGAAUCCUCCAUUUUAUCAAUGAAACGCUCUACCUCUUCCCAAACCGUCACUAGUCAUCCAAUUGACCAAUCCAAGUCUGUACCCUGGAGAAGAGCAGGUAUAAAGUAUCGUAGUAACACAAUAUAUCUCGACGUCGUGGAGCGAUUAAACCUUCUAAUUAGCUCUACAGGUAAUACUUUACGAUCCGACAUUUCUGGGUCUGUGCAUAUGCGAGCUUUAUUAUCAGGGAUGCCGGAGUGCCAAUUUGGCCUUAGCGAUAAACUUGACUAUAAACUGAAGUAUAACGACAAUCGACAAAAAUCUUUGCGUUCACAGGAUGAUUCCACAACUUCUGAAGGUAUCACGCUAGAAGACUGCCAAUUUCAUCAGUGCGUGAGGCUUCCGGAAUUCGAAAAUGAACGCAAGAUAUCUUUUAUCCCUCCGGAUGGUGAGGUUGAACUUAUGAGUUAUCGCUGCCAUGAAAAUAUCCAUGUGCCUUUUCGUAUACAUCCAAUUGUUGAACAAUUGUCGAAACAAAAAUUAAUCUACAGGAUUAGCAUCCGCUCGAGCUAUCCUCACAAGCUUUCUACGUCUCUUAAUCUUCGAAUACCUGUUCCGGAAAACGUAGUAAAAGCAAACCCUAGAGUCAAUCGAGGGAAAUCUGGCUAUAAGCCUUCAGAAAACAUAAUCGGCUGGAAUAUUCCUUACUAUUUGGGGGAGAUGGAUCUAAUCUUUUAUGCUGAAGUCGAGUUAUCAAACACUACUAACCAGCAACAUUGGUCUCGUCCUCCCAUUUCUCUUGACUUCAAUAUCCAAAUGCUCGCCAGCUCAGGAUUAAAAGUACAAUACUUGCAUGUGCAAGAACCAUCUAAUAAUAAAUACAAAAGCAUUAAAUGGGUUCGCUACGCGACACGUGCAGGCACCUGCGAAAUUCGGUUUUAG